UUCGUCACUGGGCAACGCGUCUUUCGGUCUUCCAUCGCAUUCCAUCUUGGGUACGUUCUUGGACUUGUCUCGCCAAACUUCCCCAUUAUGGAAAACAUCGAUAUCUUUGGUGAUGCGCCUUCUACAACCCCAAAACGUCCGAGAGCAGGGACUGCUAUCCCGUCUUCUUCACAAGUUUCUAUUCCGGGUGACCAGGAUGUCGAGGAUGACCCUCCGGCCAGCCAAGCUCUUGAGCACAAUGAGCACUAUGCGACAUUCCGCUCAGAUGUCGUGGGCGUCCAAUACUAUCGGGGUCUCGUCGGAAGGGGCGAAUACGUGAUGCUGCGACGAGAGCCCACGAAUAAAUACGAUUCAAACGCUGUCCAAGUUGUGAACGCCGGGGGUAACCAAGUUGGUCACAUUCCUAGAGCGGUCGCCAUGAACCUUGCCAGCUUGAUGGACAGGAAUGUAAUUUCUGUCGAGGGACGUAUGGCGGGGCAGAACCUGGAUGGCGCGAAACACUUCAAGAUGGGACUAGACCUUUCCAUUUACCUCAAUCGCACCAUGAUACCAGCUCUUGAGGCCGAACUUCGCUGGGUCCCAGCAAGGUACAACCCUCCUCCUCUUCAGCCUAUCAACCAGAGGAAAACUGGCAUGCACGGUGGUACUAGUGGCAGUGGAUCCGGCCUUCCUGGGGGCGAUACCGCCAUGCAGGAUCUUUUGCAAGGAUUGAGCAAGGAAAAUGUCGACAUCAAGCAGUCUGACAAGGUUAUGGAUGCUCUCACUGGCGAUGUAAACGUCUCACUGCUCCCUCUUCACCCUUCUCCCCCGGGGGUUCUCAACAACCAGCUUGUCGUCGACCUCCUUCCUCACCAAUCUCAAGCGCUGCAGUGGAUGAUCGGCCGCGAAAACCCCAAGCUUCCUGCCGCCCCCGAAGACCCCGCCGUACAAUUCUGGGUCCGUCAGAAAGGCGCCGGCGGACGCAACGAUUACUGGCUGAACGUGGCCACUAGAACGCCUCAGACAUUGACGCCUGUGCUCGGAAGGGGUGGCAUCAUCGCGGACGGCAUGGGUCUUGGAAAGACGCUGUCUACAAUCGCCCUCGUUCUUGCUACCCGCGGUGAGCCCGUCGGCGACAAAGUCAGCCAGGCAACACUCAUUGUCUGCCCUCUCUCGGUUCUCAGUAAUUGGGAGAAACAGAUCCAAGAUCACGUCGCUCCCAAGCAGCUUACCUUUUACACUUACCAUGGUGCUGCCAAAGGUCUGACUGCGAAGAAGUUGGAGGGAUACGACAUCGUCUUAACGACUUAUCAGACCGUUAUGGCGGAGGCCGGCGAUCUCCUUGGAAAUCCCGACACACCUUCGGCCAAGAAAAAGAAGACUACUACUCCCAAGGGCGCGGGGGCUUUGGCAAAAAUCAACUGGAAGAGGGUUGUUGCCGACGAGGGUCACCAGCUGAAGAAUUCAAAGGCCAAGACGACUGUCGGGUUCACAAACCUCAAGGCCGAGCGUAGAUGGGUCUGCACUGGAACGCCUAUCGUGAACUCUCCCAACGAUCUGGGCUCUCUACUCUCAUGCCUUCACAUCUGCUCCCCAUUGAAUGACCCAGCCUAUUUCCGAGCCCUGCUCCUCCGACCCUUAUCCCGAGGCGACCCUGCAGCGCACAAACUGCUUCAAGCGGUCGUUUCCCAGACCCUCCUUCGACGUACCAAGGACUCGAAAGGCGCGGAUGGCAAGAAGGUCGUAGAGCUCCCCGAGCUCGAGUUUUUCAAAGUUGGCGUGACGAUGGAUGAAGAGACUAGAGCUGUCUACGAGGAGGUCAUGGAACAUAGUAGGACCGAGUUUGAGGCCAACAUGCGCAGUGGUGAAGGCAACCCUGCCAAUGUGUUGUCGAUGCUGACUAGAAUGCGUCAGAUUUGCCUAUCUCUCGAGCUCGUUCCUCAGACAUUCCUGGACGACAUCCGAAAGCCGCCCCAAGUCCGCGAUACCGGCAACGCCACCUCUAUUGCCUCCCUCAGCCCCGAGAAGAAGCAAGAGUUGAUUGAAAAGCUCAAGGCUUACGUCGCCGACGAGAUCGAGUGUGGUGUUUGUAUGGAUGAGACUGAAUUCGCCAAGGACCCUUCCAUCACUGACUGUGGGCAUCCGUUCUGUCUCCCUUGCAUCACCCAGGUGAUCAAGACUAGGCCUACGUGCCCUAUGGACCGCCACCCCCUUGCCCAGACAUCUGUCCUGCAACUCCCUCCUCCUUCUACUCAAGACGGCGACUUUGAACCUUCCUCCCGGGCCAAGUCAAUUAAAUCCGCCAAGAUUGACGAAGUCGUCAAGUAUCUCAAGCUCUUCCCUCACGACGACAAGUCUCUCGUCUUCUCUCAAUUCACGUCCUUCUUGGACUGUAUCGGGACGAGGUUCAAGGAGGAGGGUAUCAAGUUCGUGAGGUUUGAUGGUCGGAUGCCUGCAAAGGAGAGGACGGAAGUGAUCAAGAAGUUCCAAGAGCCGGUGAAGGGAGAUGAUGACGAAGACACGCCGAGGGUGAUGUUGAUUUCGCUGAAGAGUGGUGCUGUUGGUCUCAAUUUGACAGCGGCAUCCAACGUCUUUUUGACUGAUCCCUGGUGGCAAUCAGCCAUCGAGUCUCAAGCCAUCGACAGGGCUCAUCGAAUGGGCCAGAAGAAGAAGGUCCGCGUGUUCCAGCUCAUUGCGGAGAACAGUGUUGAGUCUACCGUUCUGGACAUUCAGAAACGAAAAGACGAGCUUGUGGCAAAGGCCUUUGAGAAGUCUACCAAAGAGAUAAAGAAGAGCAAGAAAGAGGCCCGAUUCGAAGAAAUGAAGGAGAUCUUGGGGCUGAAGUAAGAAAAGGUGCGAUUGCAGUGUAUCAUAACGACGAUGACGAGAAAAAGCUGGGGCGAAAGGGUGUGCAUAGUCGACGAGUAUUUAUCAAAUGACAGGAUCUGAGAGUCGGCAAGGCAUGACGAUAGUAUGUACAGCAUGGGGUGCGCCUCAGAAGCAUCUCGAGCGGACACCAGAAGUCAGAAGGGCACUUGUUCCUCCGCCCGGGCACCAAGGCACAAGUAGCAUCGUCCGAUGAGGAACAUCUCGAGAGAUUGAGGAGGGGGUCAUCGCGUUUCAGAUCUUCUGACGACAGUCGGCGCAGUCAGAAAAUCGCAAGUUCGCCACCUGGUGCACCUGGGCCACCUGUCUAAAGCAUAGAUCAGAGCUGAGACAGAGCAACAACAACACAGACCUAUAUCACGUAAGACAGUUGUGAAACGCCUGCUUCGCCAGGUCCUCCGUAGCCCGUGGCCUCCGAACCUCUGUUCUCCGUUUGGGGUCUCAUCUGACAAGAGCUGACGGCAGGUGGUAGCACCGAGCAUAUACGGUAUACAGAGAUAGCGCGCAGCCUAGAGCGCCAGAGCCCACCUUUUAACGACAAGGAUGGUCUCGACUCUCGAGAUCUUGCUUGCGCUGUGAGCAGUGUGAGCUGUGACCUGUGGGGAUGACUGUUCGGAAGCCAACGUAGGCUCUCACGUACACCACCGCCGACGGCCACCGUAAACUGCCCCACAAACCCCCCACAACCUUUUCGGGCCGAGAGGCACGAUUUGCGUUCUGCAUGUACGCGUACAGUGAUCUGGCUCGGCGCAAGCCCUUUUCGGGGGGGAAGGAAGGGCUUGUGUCAAGCCAGGUACAGUGAUGGUGAGGGAUGCAAGCGUCAAGUCCAUACCAGGAAAUUGCAAGACGGACCCGAGGCCUGAGGCCCGAGGAGAGUUGAACGACGUGUCUCGUCUCACAAGCGCUAGCGCCGUAGCUUUCAGCUCGAUCACCGAUCACAGUUUCACAGAGCUCAGUCAAACCCAGUUUGUAUCACCUGGCCAUCUAUCUCUGGUCUUUGGUACCCGGUAUAUACCGUCUUCUCCUACCCGUAUGAGCCGUGUAAUUUCCCCGGUCGGCCGUCCACAAGGCGUCAUUUACUGUUAUCAAGCUAUCGUCCAGUAGAUAUUAAGCAUGGGGCCAUGAUGGAGGCUCCACAUGCAUAUGCCUCGCGGUAAUCGAAGGUUUCUUCACCCGGUGCACCCGGCACCCGGAUGGUAGUUGAGACCCCCGAUGUACAUGUUGCGCGUCUGCAUGGCGAUGCCGAAGAUGUGGCGCAAAAGAUGGGAAGAGAUCGAGGCGAUCUUGCAGGGAGACGGACAAUGCACUGGAGUAUGUAGUUUUCUUGUUCGGGGUAGAGAGGUGUG